GGUUCACCAGCUAGUUCUCGUUCACAGUCUUUGUGCUCGCCACCCAUAUCUUGAACCACAGUUGUUGCGCUCGCCGCUGACGAUAUUUAUCCUUUUUUAGGGAAGAAUUAGCUUCCCACCCGUUUGGAAGACCCGCAAGGAGUCGUGAAACGUCGAGCGGACGAAUGAAUGACUUCUGCGCUGAAGCAGCGCGUCUCCAUCCAAGCGGAGAACAACGGGCAAUUGCAGAAGGCAGUGGCGGCUCACCACGAGAAUGGAGGGAGGAUAUGGCUGGUGGAGGAAGUGGCUUCUCGCCACGAUAUUCGUUGUUGCUACGUUCCUGAGAUCGGACACAGUGGAUGGCUACAAUUCAUGCCAGAACAUCAACACUGAGAAUUUUGCUAGCUCAUCGACGGCGGCUGGCUGGACUGGCUAUGGUACCAACGCAUCACUAGGAUGGACCCUGGUUACCAUGGCACCAGCCGGCGUUACCGCGCCAACAGGUACUGGACUAUACGCGUACAUCAACACCGCUCAACUCCUUACUCCCAGUGCAGAGCCGUACACGUUGAAGUCGCCCACCAUCACCAAACCAGACGUCUUCUUCGGAAGUUGCUACGUCAGCUUCUACUACAGCAUGAACGGCAAGGCAAAUCGCACUGUUGAACUGUAUGAACAGACAGUAUCGGGCAGCACGAGGAACGUUCUCUGGAGUCGGCCUGGAUCACAGUGUUCGAACGGCACGUGGGCGUAUGCCGAUGUCCACAUACCCCACAACAGUGGCUCAGCCUCGACUGACGCACAGGGCAGUGGUCUCCCGAGCUUUUCGCUUGGCUUUGAAGUGGUAUAUGAAUCGGUGAUGGAUUCAGUAUUAGUCGGUGAUAUCGCUCUGAGAGGUAUAGCUGUCAGGUGCUGCGCCGGUUGCUCCGCAGGUGACUUCAUUGCCACAGCAACGUUUGAGAGCGGCAGUGAUGGUUUCACGUUCGACCCGUCGGGACAGUCAAGCUUCAAGCGUUACAGCGGUGCAUCGUUGAGCACUGGAACUGGGCCAGCAUUCGACCACACUGUCGGACAGCCAGGCUGCAGCAAUUCAUCGACCAAUGCGGGCUCAUAUUUCCACGUGGAAGCGUCACUACCCAGGUCUCCAGGCCGUGCCUCACUUCUCUCGCCCGUCUACACCAUUCCUCGGCUGAACAACGAUACCGUGUGCUUUGUCUCGUUCUUCCUGAGCCUCUAUGGCAAUGACAUCGGCCGCACCGCCAUGCAGAUUCUCACGGCGAAUGGAGCGGACAACACUUGGUGUUCAAACGGUCAGCACACGACUGCAACAAACUGGGCAGGCGGACUGGCCUGGUUCAGACCCGGGCCUACCGUCCAGUUGAAUUUCACUGUGGAGCUGGGAACAAGCUUCCUCAGUGAUGUCGCAAUUGAUGACGUGCGCAUGUCCUGCUGCCAAGAUGUCUGCCAUCACUACAAGAUCCUUGACUUUGAGUGUGGCUUGGAUGGUUUCCAGGGACCGGCAAACUCAUCGUGGACCCGCGUUUCCAUUUUCUCCCCCACUGCUGGAAACUUACCCAAUAACUAUGUUAUACAAUCCACCCAUAGCCAGACAUCUAGUGUCACUCUGUCCCUGCCAUCCCCGGCCGCACUCGGUUACAACUGCACAACAGAUUUCUUCAUCUACAUCGACAAAGAUGCCGUGGAUGCCGUCGAAGUGCUGCUGAAUACUUCCGGUCCGCCCUCCCUGAAGCAGGCGGUCUGGACACUCCCCGCGGGGAAACCAGCGUACUUUGACGUGGAACGGUUUUCGUUUCUCAUCCCCGCGAAUUCUUCCAAUGAGUUCACUCUAACCUGGGUUAGUAACAAGACCAGUGCGUGGAGCAUCAUUCAGAUGGAUCAGAUUCGAGUGGUCUGUUGCCCAAUAGGCCAAACUCCCACUCUAGCAACCACCAAGUAUGUAACAACAACUAAAUUCCAAGGCACGAUGACAAAAUUGACAACAAUGCCGACUGCAUCACCCGCCACGAACUCGAGUGGCUUAGUGCCAUCACCUGCAUUUGCAACAGGAUCCCAUACGUCUACUUCUGUUACAACAGCUGCACCUACUUCAGACAUGAGUGGUAGGUCCCCCUCGCCCCAGACGGUAAAUAGCAGUACCGCCACAAGCAGAGCAGAGACGAGUGGCUUGGUGUCAUCACCUGCUUCUGCUUCAGGAUCCUAUACUUCACUGUCAUCGUCAACUUCUGUUACAACAGCUGCACACACUUCAGACAUGAAUGGUACAUCCCCCUUGCCCCAGACGGAAAGUAGCAGUACUGCCACAAACAGAACGGAGAGCAGCAAUGCUACCACCAGCGAAGCAGACACGUCGCCAGUGCCACUGACCGCCAUCUCGACCAGUUCAUUUCCAUUGGUCAAUGGCACAGUUCCAGCCAAUGCCAGUGCAACUGCAACGGCAGCCCCUACGCCUGAGUAUUCACCACUGCCACUGGCAUUAGGUUCUGCCAGCGCUGCUUUCGUCCUCGUUGCCAUCUUCAUCCUGGUUUUGAUCGUACGACGUCGACACAGGCCGCCAAGGCAGCCAUCUCUUGCCAUAAAAAGAACUAGCUCAGUCGUGAUUGAGAACCCGGCAUACGACACGGCUAUAGUUGCGUCAACUCCACCUAACAUCGGAACAAUUUUGUAUGAAGAGGCAGUGGAGAUCACGGCAGAAGCCACCCCACGUUAUGAGUCCAUCAAUACCGCCAACACUAGUUCAGCUCCUGCUGCCGCGUCAACUCUACCUAGCAUCGCAACCAUUUUGUAUGAAGAGGCAGUGGAGAACACAGCAGAAGCCACCCCACGUUAUGAGUCCGUCAAUACAGCCGACACUAGUUCAGCUCCUGCUGCCGAGAGCGAUGACAAAGUAUCACCGCCAGAAGCCAAUCAUGGGCAGAGGAGAGACCCGGCAGCAAUGGACAAUAGCAGAUACGUAGCCUUGCCGUCCAACCCACUGAACACCACAGAAGCACCCAGCAUGGACAAUGAUGACCAGUACCUGAAGUCGGAUCCUUCUAACUCUUCACAGGAGUACGAGUGACACCUCUGUCACGAAACAGUGAAGUCUUCCACUCCCCUGCCCAUCACCGAUGGGAUUGUGCAACGUGGAUUGACCAUACCGUGUGAACGGACAAGCGCCACCACGAAUGCUAGCCGCUGGAAGUAGUAGAUUGUCUAGGUACAUUUGCACACUUUGCUCCCUGCAGCACAUUGAGCAACAUUCACAACCUGUGGUGGGGCUGCUGUGUUGCUCAUUUACCCCGCAUGCGUUCGCUGUUUCCCUAGAUCAGCUGAUAAUUCUAACCCCACGUGCCACCAAAGAGAGCGCCACCAAAGUGUGCGACGACGAGAUAAAUCUUUGACACGUAGUACAGAAAAUCUGUCACAUGUAUCCAGCUACCACCUUUUUUUCAUCCAUGUUCAUAACUAGAGCUGUCAAAAUUAUUAAUUUUCAUUCACGCACCGCAGCCGACACUAAUGAUACUGGUGCUGAGUUUCUCUUUAUCGUUCUUUUAAAAUGGUUCUUCUGUGAAUAUAGCCUUUUAAGCCGCCUUCUGCGCCUGUACGAGCAGUCAAACAUCGACGCUGCAGUCAGGCAAGAAAGAAAACGCAAUCGCUUUUUAAAGUCAAUGGCUCUUGCCUUUUUGCUUACGAGAUAAAUAAGCCUCUUUAAAAAUGCUGUAUGCACUGCUUUUUCCGUUAUUUUCUUCCUAUGCAAGUCGCAACUCCUGUUUUGAGUUGUUUUUCUUCUCUCUUUUUCUUUCCCUACUAGUUGCUGUUAGGGUCCAGCGGAUAAUGCUCCGAAAAUGUUCGUAUAUUGCCAACCAUAAUGCUCCAAAAACUGCCUUAUAAUGCUGAUUAUAAUGCUUCAGCAAGGGAUAUAAUGCUCUUGGCUUGGGACAAAAAUGGACGAAAGUCUGCACAUUGUCAAACUUCCAGGAAAUUAUGCAUAUCGUCGAUCUGCAUCUGAAGUUGCCACCUUAUCUCUCA